ACUUCCGGGGAGGGUACUUCCGGGCCCUCAGCUUCUAAGGGGCGGGAGUUAAAGAGGAGUCGGAAGUGGCACCAGCACUUCCGGUACGGAAAACUCGCUGCUGCCCCAACCUGGCUUGACAGGCGCGGUCUCUGCAAGUGGCUCUCAGCCCCUUCUCCUUCUUCCUGCCUCACCUUCCAAUUCGUUUGCCGCCGCCGUCCCGCAGCUGCUGUUUCCGGAGUUGCCCCUUCCCCAUGUUCCGGGGCAGGAGUCCGCAAAGCGAAGAUCCGCCCGCCAGUUCCCCAUCAUGUCCGAACUGACUAAAGAGCUGAUGGAGCUGGUGUGGGGCACCAAGAGCAGCCCCGGUCUCUCGGACACCAUUUUCUGCCGCUGGACGCAAGGGUUUGUGUUUAGUGAAUCAGAGGGAUCUGCAUUAGAACAGUUUGAAGGUGGCCCCUGUGCUGUUAUUGCACCUGUUCAGGCAUUUCUUUUGAAGAAGCUCCUGUUUUCUUCUGAGAAGUCUUCUUGGCGGGAUUGUUCAGAGGAAGAGCAGAAGGAACUCCUUUGUCAUACCUUGUGUGAUAUUUUAGAAAGUGCUUGUUGUGACCACUCUGGAUCAUACUGCUUGGUUUCAUGGUUAAGAGGAAAGACAACUGAGGAAACUGCUAGUAUUUCUGGGAGUCCUGCAGAGUCUAGUUGCCAAGUGGAACAUUCUUCUGCCUUGGCUGUCGAAGAGCUUGGCUUUGAGCGAUUUCAUGCAUUAAUUCAAAAAAGAUCGUUCAGAAGUUUACCAGAAUUAAAAGAUGCUGUCUUGGACCAGUAUUCAAUGUGGGGAAAUAAAUUUGGAGUAUUGCUUUUUCUGUAUUCUGUAUUACUGACAAAGGGCAUUGAAAACAUAAAAAAUGAAAUUGAAGAUGCAAGUGAACCCUUGAUAGAUCCCGUAUAUGGACAUGGCAGCCAAAGUUUAAUUAAUCUUCUGCUGACGGGACAUGCUGUUUCUAAUGUAUGGGACGGUGAUAGAGAGUGCUCAGGAAUGAAACUUCUUGGUAUACAUGAACAAGCAGCUGUAGGAUUUUUAACACUAAUGGAAGCUUUAAGAUACUGUAAGGUUGGUUCUUACUUGAAAUCUCCAAAAUUCCCUAUUUGGAUUGUUGGCAGUGAGACUCACCUCACCGUAUUUUUUGCCAAGGAUAUGGCUUUAGUUGCCCCUGAAGCUCCUUCAGAACAAGCCAGAAGAGUUUUUCAAACCUAUGACCCAGAAGAUAAUGGAUUCAUACCCGAUUCACUUCUGGAAGAUGUGAUGAAAGCGUUGGACCUUGUUUCAGAUCCUGAAUAUAUAAAUCUCAUGAAGAAUAAAUUAGAUCCAGAAGGAUUAGGAAUCAUAUUAUUGGGCCCAUUUCUUCAAGAAUUUUUUCCUGAUCAGGGCUCCAGUGGUCCAGAAUCUUUUACUGUCUACCACUACAAUGGAUUGAAGCAGUCAAAUUAUAAUGAAAAGGUCAUGUACGUAGAAGGGACUGCAGUUGUGAUGGGUUUUGAAGAUCCCAUGCUACAGACAGAUGACACUCCUAUUAAACGCUGUCUGCAAACCAAAUGGCCAUACAUUGAGUUACUCUGGACCACAGAUCGCUCUCCUUCACUAAAUUAAUUUGCCUAAGUAUUUAUAAGGAAGAUCUUAAUAACAGAUGUUGAAAGAGGGAGUCAAGACUGGCAGUUGGCUGGAUUAAGCUAAACACUGGUAUCAUUGAUUAACUGUAAAUAACAAUUAAAAACACAUUUUCAGUGUUUGUUUAUGUUUAAAUUAUUUGUCCUAAAGCUUUAUGUUAAAGAUUAUCCUAUUUUAACCCUUUGUGUGAAAUCUACUAGCAAAAUUAAGCUUUAAUCAAAGUUCAUCACUUUUGCAUUCAGAUACUUGGUCAUUUACUUACCAAAUUACAAACGCAAUACUACAGCAUUUGUAUAUUGAGUAUCAGACUUACUAUUUAUAAACUUCUACUUUUGGGUUUUAUUUCAUUGAGGCACAUUAUUUUUUUUGUUUGAAUGAUUCCGGCUUGUAAUAUAUCAGCCUCUACACUGAAAUGCAGAAGAGUUCAUUUUUCUAAGAUCUGUUUUUCAUUAGAAAUAUUGACAAAUAACAAAUUGUCAACCUAGAUCCUUUGACAAUUGACUUAACUCUGGCAUGUUCACAAAAAGUAGAAACUCUACAAGACCAUUACCAUUUAUUCACAGAUGUAUAGGGGAUGUAUUCUAAAAACUGAUAGAAAUGAGAAUCUGAUAGUUAACACUGUUAAUUUUUACUGUAUAAUUGCCAAAUACACUUUUCCAAAUUUGUCCCAACAGCCCUGUAAGCCAGCUUGCUUCUAUAUUUAUAAACACAAUAAAUGCAUGAGAACAUCUGUUAUUACAUUAGUAUAUUGCGUUAUUUAUUAUGAUCCUAGUUGAUGGCCUAAAUAAACACCUUUUUCUUUAACUGUA